CAGCAGCAGCAGCAGCAGCAGCAGCAGCAUGAAACACAAACAUCAGCAUUCAGCGUCUGUGGACGUCGUGUGGAAACGUCAGUGCUCGGCAGCUUCAGGCUCCUGUUUGGACAAGAGGCCAACGGCAGAGCUGCAGCAGGUCCGGUGUCUUGUGGCAGCCAAUCAAAUGCUUGCGUGUCAGAUCCAGGAGGAGCUGGACAGGAAAUGUGUCAGAGAGCGGAGACAGCUGGAUGGACACCUGAGGACAGUGUCCCUUCUGCAGCGGCAGAUCAGUGAAAGUCUCUCAGCCCAGGCAGAGAUAAAACUGCAGCUGCUCAGUGUAAAGAUCACUGUCACCACCUUCAGUACCAAAUGCCAUAAAGAGCAUGAGCGUCGUGGUCAUUUGGAGGCGGAGCUUUCUGACCUGAGGAGACAGGAGGAGGAGCUGAGGCUUCAAAAACUACCGCAGCUGCGGCGUCUGCUGGCCGAUCAGACUCAUCAACAGGGGGCGCUACAAACACAACACCAACAGGACUUACAGGGUCUCCUAGCACAGGUGUCAAGGGGCGUGGCCGUCCAGUCAUCACACCUAAUGCAGCAUGUGGACAAGUGGAGAGGGACGGCGUCCAGCCAUGACCGCCAGCUUGUCCAGCAGGAGGAACUAAGAAGCAGUGCGUUGAUUCUGGAGGAGGAGGAGCUAAGGAGCAGAGCGUUGAUUCUGGAGGAGGAGGAGCUAAGGAGCAGAGCACUGAUUCUGGAGGAGGAGGAGCUUAGGAGCAGAGCGCUGAUUCUGGAGGAGGAGCUACAGCGACAGCAGAGUCUGAACGCUCUGCUGGAGGACCGACAUGUGGAGCAGGCAGAGCACUGCGACUUCCAGCUGGUGGCGCUGCAGCAGCGAGCAGAGAGUGUGAGCAGAGGCCUGGACUGUGAGCUGCAGGCUGCAGUUCAGCAGGCUGCAGAACAUCAGGCCCUGCUGGACGUCAACAACACGCUGCACACAGAGCUACGAGGCUACAGGAAGCUGCUGGAUGGAUUUUUAAGUCAACCUUUAAAAUUCAACCCUACCGUGAGGUCUUUCCCAGACACCUCCAGAAAAGUCACGCUGGACAGAGGAAUCACUGCCCAGGGCAGAAACUUCUGGACGAUGGAGGUUCAGACGGUCUCUAAAGGCCACGUCUGUACCGUCAAACAAACACCUGCAGUUAUCGUACUUUUAGAAACUGUCACCACGAAAAGGUUAACCAGCAUCCAUAAUAAAAAGCCACAAAACUCACCACUGGCCUUGUGCAACACAUCACAUCUGAUCGACUCAAUCCAUGACCCUGGAACCUUGAGGACAGGAGCUCCUAUUGAGAGAACCACCACAGGUUUGGACAAAGGAGCUGUCAAUAAGUCCAAAACAGAGAGUCCUGAAACAGCUGGAGUCACCAACACUGGUCCUGGUGGAGAAACAGAAAUAAAGCAAGCACCAUAUUUGAUCCUGCAGACAACCACAGAGUUAAUGACAGCAACAAAUCAAAUUCAUCACCUCAACGGCCAUGACCCAGCUACAGGCCGGAGUCCUGCUAUAGUCACAUCAGUAAAACUAGAGACUCUAUCAGAAAGUGCAAGGGAUGAAGAUUACCUCUGUUGUAGGUCUGAAGAGGAUCAGGGUGAGGUGAACCCGAUACCAGACAAGAAGCUCGACAGGGAAGAAAAGAAAGAAGAAAACCAAAGAGCAGAAGAAGACGGUGCUUUGCGAUUCAGUCAGAACAUGGUAUCGUCCGGUUUGUCCAACAGCAAACAAAACCAAACCAAAGACCCUGAUACACAGUCCACCACUGAAACCUCCUCAAACUGCAGCCAAGUCAGAAACAACAGUCCAGAGAUUCUGCACAUGGUUGAAUUAGAAGGAAGUUCAGGGUCAGUCAACGGUGCUCAUGAUACCAACAAGGAACAGGUUGAUUUGUUAAGUACUGCAGAGCAGAAAAAGUAUCCAAGUCUAACAGAUUCUGGCAUAGGUUUGAGUUACUGUGACUUUGAAGAGCUUCCAGGUCCAGUAACCUCACAUGGAUUUCUGAGCCCAACAGAAACAGUUGCAGGUUUAAGCCCAGAAAUUUGUCCAAUCCCACUUGAGGCAGAGCUGAUAAUGAGCGAUCAAGUAUUUUUCCAAGCUGAUCUGAAAAAACACAUGAAAAGCCCAAAUGACUCAGAUCCAAGUGUGAGUCCAGUUGAGAUGAAGGAGAAGCUGAGUUUAAACAGCGAAGAGGAAGACGAGGAAGUUUACCUGAGUCUGACUGAGGCAAACGCAAAUGUGAGACCAGUCGAGACUUACAUUCUCUCAACAAAAGAGGAUUGGAAGUCCUCAUCGUUGAGAGGAGAAAUAAGAAUGAAUGAACCCAGUACAGGGAGCCAAGAAAGUCCAUUGUUGGCCAAAGAGCCUGUGACAAACCAUCCAGGACCAGGAGGGUUGGUUCUGUACGGGGGAAGUCCUACUGGUGCCAGUUUACUGAGGGAAGGGAACACAGACAAUAGCUCAGUAGCUUCAGAUGUUCUGAUGAGGCUUCCAGAAUCAGGGCGAUCCAGCAGCAGAGUAGCAGAGGAGGGUUUGGUUCCUGAAGAAAGUCAUGGUUGUAAAAGCAGAGUGAGUUUGUCCGGCAGAGGGAGUAAUGAAGGGUCAUCAGUAAAAACGGCUGUUCCAAGUCAACCAAGGGCAAAACAGUUUGGCAGCAGAGGAAGUGGAGAGUGGACGGGUUACGGGUUAGCCAGAGCAGAAAUACAACCAGAAGCCAGAGGGAGUGGUGCUGAAGGCAGGGUUUAUGGCGGCAGUCUGAAAGGUAUUAGCUCACCAAACUUGGAUAUUGAAGAAUGUCCAUCAGUAACCUCAAACCUGGCAACAAGCCCUCCUGAAAAAGGGAGGUUUGGCAGUGGAGAAUGGAGAGUUUAUGGUGGAAGGGUUCGACAUAUGAGCAGCCCGGCUCGCAGCUUUAGCUUACCUGAAACCCAACCAGAGUCCACAUGUCUACCAACCUGCCCACCACUUCCACGAGGAGAAGGGAGAUUUGGUAGCACAGGAAGUGGAGAGUGGAGAGUUUAUGGUGGAAAUGCUGCAUGUUUGAGUUUAACAGACAGGGUCAAUGCUAAUGACAACCAAGCGCUGAGUCUGCUGAGUGGACCAAGACUCAGCAGUAGCAGGUUGAGCUCAAACGGUGUCGUUAGACGUAGCAGGAGUGUCGGAAGUGGUGGUAAAUUAAGUAGCUCCGGCAGUGGUGACUGUAAACCUGUUUACAACUCAGCUAGUGGGCGCAGGAGCAGUGCAGGGAGCGCAGGUGGAGGGAGGACACUCUGCAGCCAAAGAGCCGCGAGUCCUGGGGGAAGGACAAGUGUUAGCGGGGGAAGCGGAGAUUGGCUCAACAGUUUCACGACUGGUUGGAAUCGUAUUAGCAGCGCUGGGUCUCAAGGCAGUGGCAGCGAAGGCAGCCGAGCUGGAGGAAGGGUCCGUAGCACCUCUGGGUCAGGUAGGACCAAUAAUAGCACAGGGGGGAGGGUCAUUAGCAGCAGUGACCGGCCAAUCAGGAGCACCGGCAGUGGCACUGGUGGCAACAAGGAGAGAAUCAGUGUUUGCAAGAUGGCGGCGCUGAAGAUCUCAGAGGUGGGAAGAGAGAGAAGUCAGGAGAGAAGAAAACAACAACAACAACAACAACACAAGGCUGCAGUGUCUUCUCCACUCCACUUGACCUCAGGGGGCGGGGUCACGAGCGUCUCUCCUGACAACCGUGAUGACAUCACGCGUCUGUGAGCAAGAACAAGUUUAAACAAACAAACCAUUAAAGUUUCAGGUGAUGAUGUCACAGGAACACCAGCAGGGGUCACCAGACACAGUCACCAGUCACAAUGUCACGUUUACUUUUUUAAAUAAAGUUGAUAAAUAUCAA